AUGGAACCAACAUCAGCGUCGGCGCUCGAGGGCCUCAAGGCUGCAGUCGAACAAGUUGUUCUUAACCCUGCGUACCACGACAUCCUCGCCGUUGUAAAAGGGGCUCGCAACGGAGCUGUGUACGGGGCCAAGGUGCGCUUCCCGCACGCGCUGGUGAUGGUGUUUCUAUUCCGGUCCGGUACUUUUCGGGAGAAAGUUUCGCUGGUGAUCCGCGCCACGCGCACACAUGCGCAGAACCUCGCGCGCUUCGCCGUUAUCUAUAAGCUAGUAUGUUUCUUGCUAAAGCAGUACGGACCGACACCCGGGAAGGCAGGGCGAUAUGAUUCGUUUAUGGCGGGUCUACUAGGCGGGUACGUGGUAUUCGGCGGGCGAUCACAGCGCACCGGCAAGAUCCCCAGUGUCAACCAGCAGAUUGUGGUUUAUGUGUUUGCGCGCGUCGUGCUAGCGCUUGCGCGGCUCGCUGUGAAGCCCGAGGGCGGCACGGGGCUACCGCUAAUAUCGCGACAAGGCGUCUCCGAGUCGAUAACACGCUACGCCUGGCCCGUCUUCGCGUCACUCUCUUGGGCUAGUGUAAUGCAUCUAUUCCGUUAUCACCCCGACGACCUACAACCCUCGCUUCGUGGCAGCAUGACGUAUAUCUACCAGCAGUCAGAUCAUUGGGAUAGCCUAAGGAAUUUCAUUUGGCAUAAUAAAUAG